AAUGGCCACGAUUAUAUGAUAAAUUUGAAAAAUGCAUAUUUAACAUAUAAUACAUUUGGUAACAACGAUUUCAUUUUCCCCGAUACUGUUACGUGCGUCGCCGUAUCGGCGCCAGUGGAGUGCAAAGAGGUAGAUAAUGGAGGAGCGCGAUCCUACACGGUCAUGUGCGCGGAGGGAUAAAGAGUACGCGCACGUAUAAUGGUGUGUGUGUACGCGUGUGACUGCGAACGCGCACUCGCACGAUAACGCGGUACAUCAAGCACGUAAACGCAGGCGCGCGCGCGCGCGCGUGCUCGCGCACACGUUGAUACCGAAGCACGGGUCCCGGGCCGUGGCAGCGUGGUCGGCUAUCCCCAUAAAAGCGACGGACUCGACCGGCCUGCGAACAGUUGUCAUCGUUGGCUACAUCGACGCAACGUGUCUCUCUUCGUGCCUAAGCGCAUUUCGAGGGAGAGUCAAAGUCGAGAUCGGUAAAUCGUCCCUCCGUCGGAACAACCGUCCCGUUCGCUUCUCGUAACAGAGAGGCACGAAAUGUCACGCGAUCGCGACGACACGUACCGGGCCCGAUCAGUGAAUAAUAGCCACGCCGCGAGCAGAAUUCGAAGUUCUCGGAAAAGUCUGUCGUCAGUGGCGUAACCAACGACUCUGGUACCCGGCUGACAUCUAUGGUGGAACCCAUAAACGGCUAUGAAUUUCGAAUAACAUUGAAAAAAAGUGGUAUUUUCAAUUUAAAAGAAAUAACCAACGAGACGUGUGAAACGGUAUUCGUUUGCAAAGCAACGUUUCCGAUCCAUCACCGAUCAGUCGAAAUUAUUGUUACGAAAUCAAAGGUCCUCGAAUUCUGCACACAUUUGGCUACACCACUGUUCGUCGUUCUUUCCCCAGUGAACGACACCGAUCGUCGAAUAACGAAAGUAGAAUACUGGAAUCGAUAAGAAUCGGUCUGUUAAAGAUAACGCGACGCGAUUAUCACGAGUUGAUCGUCGUCGAAAUCGAGCCUCGCUACGUGCAUACGCGAGUUUCGCUUGGAUCGAAGAUCGUGAAAUCGAUCUCGGUGUUUCGUCGCGCUCGAAUCGACUUUGAUCGCCUCUCGGGGAUCCGCCACCGGCACGCGCUCGAAAACUAUUAUAAGAGAAGAGGAGACGAGCCGGCGAUACCGCCGAGUGUAAGCGCCAGACAGAGCGACGCUUCCACGGGCAAAGACGCGCGGUCCGGUCUCUCGUCUUUCGUGUGUAUACAUAGGACCGUCGCGUGGACAUGAUCCGCCCUUGUGCAAACUCUCGUACCCUCGCCCCGAUGCUGCUGUGUUACUCUUUUGCGACUCGAUGCUCGUACUAUGCAUAAAAACAUAAAUCCGUUAAAUUUUGCUGUCGCUUCGAGAAACUUCCCAACUUUCUGCUACGCGAACUUGAAUUUAUCUUUCUCGGCUAUUUAUUCGCGAAUUAAUUAACGUUCGAUCCAAAGUGUAAGUAGCAGAAUCUACAAAGCUAUCGGAUUAAAAAAAUGUCAACGUGGUGAAGGGUUAGCGAUAAUGGGUCAUCUUUAAACGAUCGUAAUCGUUUCGUAUCCCGUCGAUUGGACACCUUCGUACGGCGAACAACCUGCGCGACGCGGCCCUGUGUAUACAAAAGCGGGCGCACACAGAAUCGCGAGCGCGAGUGCACACCAAAAGACGAAAAAGCGAUCCCGUCCGUGGCGCAAGCGCCAAAGCCAGAAGCUUUUUCGAGCGAGCCAGUGCGGAGUGCCGAUGAUCGGAUACAUCGGAUUCAGUGGCGGCACGGGCGUAGAGAGCGAGUCGAGCAACAGCUUCCCACCAGUCAGUCGCUCGCGAUCGGCUAGUCAGUCACGGCAGUCACGCGCCGACCGUGUCAGACGCGCACUGGCCCGUUGCUUCGCGUGGAAAGAGGCCGGCGAGGAGGCGAAGCGAACGGUGAGAAAGGAUCCCCAGUGCCAAACGACCGAGCUAAUCGUGAAUCGCGACACCAGGAGUCGACCAGUCGUUCCGUGCACGCGCGGAAAAUCGCCCACGCAGGCGCGAUGCGGGAUUCAACGGACCUCGAGGCUCGGUAUCGUCGAUGAUCGAUUCGACGCGAACCAACGCGACAGAGCUUAGGAGAAUUCGCGAAUUUCCGUGGAUUCGCUCAAAGUCACGGUUAACCUUAUCGUACCGUGUCGAACGUACAUCGAGUCCAACCGCGAGAAACUUCAUUUAUGACACACGCUCCUACGAACGUUUGUUCGGAAUACAAAGUGCACGCGCUAUACAGAAACACGGAUUGAAUAACGGUGAAAACGAUAUUAAUAAAAAGGUACACGGUAAAAAGAACAAGGAAUAAUAAGCAAUAUACGUAAAACGAUCAUUUCGUUAAGGGUAUAAACAUAAAGAUAGGAAUAGAGAAUGGAGAAAGAAUAUGUGUAAACAGAGACGAAGGGACGCGAGAAACGAUAUAUAUACAAAAUAUACAACGCUAGGAAUAGAAAGAAGAUAAAAUAAGCAUUAAAUAAUACAUAUAUAAAUCAUAUAAGAAUACAAAGGUAAAGAUGAGAGUAAGAAACGAGAAGAGAAAAUAUGAUGUGUAAAUACAUAUGCGUGUAAACGGAGGCAGAGGGAAAAGGAGAAGCGCCAACCACGUUCGCUCUUUCGUGUCCCUCUCGUCGCCUCGUUGUGUACCGCCUUAUAAAACGUGCGCGCAGUAACACGGAACGCGCGACGAACGAGGCUCUGGGCGAAUAGGGGAGACGGGGAGAGAGGGAGGGGGGGGGGGAAUCCUCCGUACGAACUGUGCACUCGGGAAAAGAGAGAAAGAGAGAAGGAUAAAUAGGCAGAUCGAGAGAGGCUGGGAGAGAACGGCAGAAGGAAAGAAUUGCACGAUCCUGCGUGCACCUUAGGCCCGUUAAGCCGUCGGAUGCGCUCGUUGGACGUGUCUCUCGAGUCGGUGCACGAUACACCGUCGCGUUAUCGUGCAGUAAAUAUUGCGGCCACGGGGCUCUACCCGGCCCGCCGAUCGUUUCUAAUCAUUAUCGUACACGCUCGCGACCCGUCGUAUGUGUCGCCGUGCUCCAAGUCGAUCGUGGACUACGCCGACGACCGUUGCCUCGCCGUCGUCGUCCAGAGAUGGCCAGAAUUAUUCGAAUAAUCGUUAUUACCAUUAAACGCCUUUAUCGCACACGUGGAUACCGGCAUACCUGUAUCGAACAUAGGAAUUUUGCCCAUCUCGUGGUCGUUGCGAGGAUCUCGAUUAAUCACUGCUCGAACAACAAUCGUUCGGUCGCGUCGACCGGCCAAGGGUCAGAGGAGAAGAAUUACGGUGAUGGUGAGACCUUAACAGUGCCGUACCAGUGCAGAAAGUUUUGUGCAGUGAACGGUCGUUAAUAGACCAAGUGCCGCGGCUCUCGACGACAGGGAGAGAGAAAAAGAGAUAGAAAUAGAAAAUACAAGCGAGACAGUGAACGGGGUAAGGUGUAAGAGAGACGAAAACCGCGCUAUAUGCGUUGAGGCAGCGCGCGCGCGCGAACGGCCCAGGGACGAGAAAGCGAAAUAGGAGAUACAAGCGAGUGAGAAAGAGGGAAGAAACGAAGAGGCCGAACCGCGAUAGACCGAGAAAAGCUGUCCGAGAUGCGUUACCACGGCGGUUUGCUGUUGUCGACGCUGCUUAUCGUCGUUUCUUACCCUUCGACGCUGCGUGCGCGCAGGGUCGUGCCCUUGAUCGAAGACGACUGGGCCAGGAGGCCUCAUCGUGCCGCCGAAUGCACGUUCGGCAAGCAGAUACGGGAACUGGGCUCCACCUGGUUCGCGGAUUUGGGCCCGCCCUUCGGAGUCAUGUACUGCAUCAAAUGCGAAUGCAUUCCGGUGCAAAAGAAACGGCGUAUCGUGGCGAGGGUUCAUUGUCGUAACAUCAAGAACGAGUGCCCGAAGUUGACGUGCGACGAGCCUGUUUUGCUUCCUGGUCGGUGCUGCAAGUCCUGUCCAGGAGAUUUCAGUACGGACAUAGUGCAAGACCUUCCGGCGCAGUUGACCUCGGAAGAAGAGGAACGGAGCUUGAAACACUUUGGGACUCUGUUGACGGGUAGAACGUCUCAAGCGCUGCGUCGCGACGAGCCCACCCCUACGUCCAUGUACAACAGCGCCUACAACUAUCUGGCGACGGGACGUUUCACUUUCCACCGAAAGAACCUCUACUACUCCUUCUACUUAUCGACUGCGACACCUCGUCCACGGAGCAUCCAGUUCGUGGACGGGUCGGGCAGCAUCUUGGAAGAGCAGACCAUCGACCCCAUCGGUGGAGUCUAUCAAAACGCUACGGGCAAGUUGUGCGGCGUAUGGAGACGUGUACCUCGCGAUUACAGGAAGCUCCUACGCGAAGAGCGUCUCCACGUAUCGUUUAUAUGGGAACCAUCGUCCACCUUGACGGGACAAUUGUCCCGUUACCGUGCACUAGCCACGGAACAGUUCUCGUCGCUGCUGGAGCCAACGAUGGGGGUGGAUCGAUCCCUGAUGUCAGGCGCAGGGGCCACAGCCAUCGUAUCGGCAUCGUCCGCGUCGGCACCCUCGAUCCACGUCUCUCUAGUUUUCAACGGAGUUUUUCUACCCAACGACCUAUCGGAAGUACCUCUGAUAGUCCAGCUGGAGCACAUGGAAAAGGAUUACGUUGUGCUUCGCGAGGAGAUUAUAGUGAAGAAACCGUCGAACGAGCUAAACUUUGGCGAAGUUAGAAGCGCUUUAUCCGGAGCCGAUCUGCGAUUGCUGACGCGCGGCAAGUUGUCCAUCAGCAUAAUGUCGAGAAAAGAUCCUCAGGCGUUGCGAUUGGCUGGGGUGGUCGGUCCGCGAGCUACUUGCGACAUCUACCAAACGCUGCUCCUGUCGGAGACGGCCUCCGCGGCGUCUGGGCUUGCCUGGGCGUUCUUGGACCGCGCGGGUUCGCUUCGUUACGGCGUCCAGCUGAUCGGCUUGGAAGAGGAGAAUCCUUUGGUAACUCUGGUCGACGAGGGAGGCAAGCGUCGCACGGAGCUGGAGGAUCUGACGCCAUCGUUGGUAGAUGGAUUGGCCAAUGGAUCACUGGAUCGUCCCGGUCCUCGGCUUCUCGAGCCUCUGUUCAACGGCGAGCUGUCGGUGGUUGCAGCUUCCCAUUUGGGAUCUGUGCUGCGAGGACGUCUGCUCCAGAGGCCCGUGGCGGACGCCAGAGACACCACUGCGCCCGUGUUGCUCAGAAGACCGUCGCUGGAACCCGUGUAUCCAGGUCCAGUUGGACUGGUUUGGACGGCAGUGGACCUGGACUGUUCUCUGCACUACGAGCUCGAGAUCGCUGGCUUUGCGCAAACGUCUAGCAGUCACGAGCUACGAACCUUUCGUUUAUACUUGGAGACGAUGCCUCUGUUGGCCCAGGGGGCGCCAGUCGCCAGGAGGCUUCUGGAAGAAUUCAACGGCUACGUUCUGGAAGGUUCGGUUACAGGCUUGUCACCCGUUGAGUUGUACAGAAUCGAGUCGGGUAUCGGGUUUCUCGAGGUGACGGACAAGCAGGCCGACAGAGUCCUGAAGGCACCGUUUAAGACGAGGGCGCCGCUCAGCUGUCUUCCGCAUUACGCCGAUAACGAUGUGGCGUCGGUGGUCGCGUACAAUCUCCAACCACCCCAGUCGGAUAUCGAAACGGGGGCCUGCUUUCACGAGACUAGGUUCUACGAGGAGGGCACGCAGUGGACGUCAGGGACGGACCCUUGUUCCAUGUGUCAUUGUCAUCGAGGAUUGGCCCAGUGCGACCCGGUGCCCUGUCCGGCGCUCACGUGUCCUCAGGGCAAGCAGCUCAAGCCCCCCGUUGGACACUGUUGUCCCAUUUGUUCAGGUCCUGGCAUCAACAUGAACGGAACGGGGAAGAACGUCAGCUCGAUAACGAGGGGUUGCACCCUGGCUGGUCAAUUCCAUCUGGCUGGAGCGUCCUGGCAUCCCUACUUACCUCCAGUAGGAUUCGACACUUGCGCGGUCUGCACUUGCGACACGGUCACGCUGGAGGUGAAGUGUCCACGAGUGCAGUGCCCGCCAUUGGACUGCGACGAGAAGCUCGCCUUCAGACCGAGCAAGAAAGCCUGCUGCAGACAAUGUCCCGCGACGACGCCCAGCACCUUGAACGCCGCCGUCACCGGCGACACGACGCGCUUGCCGCGGGACCAGGCGGCGCCCUCUACGAAGCGCACCGCCGAAGAGAUCCUGGCUUCCGGCGGUUGCAGGAAUCCACUCGGUGGCCCCUACGAAAACGGGAUGGAGUGGCAUCCACGCGUCCACUCGCACGGCGAGAUGAAAUGCGUAAAGUGCAGGUGCAAGAAUGGCGAGGUCAGGUGCGACAGAAAACGGUGUCCACGGGCGCUCUGCAACUCCAUCGUCCAUCAGAUGAAGCGCGGCGAUUACAUGGCGGACGCGGACGACUGUUGCACGGUGCAGUGCCGUCGAGCGAGGCGUCAUCAUCGCAACAAUCAUCAUCCGGGACGGCAUUCCGUGACGCCGCGCGAGCUCAGCUGAGUACGGCCCAACGGACGAGCCUCCUCUCCGAACUCUCCUGGUUCACGUGAAAACACGCUUCUGAGCCUUGUUUCGUAGUCGUCGAAUUCGCAAUCAGCUAUUGCUCGUCGUAGUCGUCGUCAGAACACCGAGCCAAGCGACGGACGAACCGUGGAAUCGUACGGGGCACAAGAACGCAGCUAUAAAAUUGCUGCUCAGCAAGUGAAAGAAUUGACUUGGCUGAGGGAACAAGUUCCAGAAAAUAAUGGACUUAGCCAGAGGUAGAGGUUCCGAAGAAGAUUCUACUUGGUUAAGGGAAGAGGUUCCAAAUCUCGCUCUUUCAGCCGCGUUGGAGGUAUGUCGUUUUUGUAGCCCUUAUCACCUACCUCGUGGCUUUUUAACCGUUUUACCACGCGUUAAAGUUUAAGUCUUGAACACGGCAAUGGGAAAAAUUUCCCAAGUCGUUUCUUUCACUUGCCAGAUCUUCGAAAACUCACGAGCGAGAAAAGAAAGAUACGCUGAUUCCAGAGUCUACGAAUGAUCGGGUAAUAUGGGUGUCCCAGUUCUAAAUCUGGGAGAACGUUUCCUAAAGCACGAAGCGCGCGCCAUCUGUGAUACGCCGAGCGAAUCGAAUAACGGAGAGUGGUACG